AUGAAACGAUUGCAAUUGUUGGGUAGAUCAAAAUACUUCUCACUGGUUUCCCAUGCUGCUAAGGGGGAAGAGGAAGAGGAAGAAAACUCUGCUGAUGCGAAUAGUCCUUUACUCAGCAGAGGUCGCGAGAGCAGGUCGAGGUCGUUGUUAGUAAACGAUAGGUCAUCUCUCAUGUGUUUGCCGACAAAGGUUCUACUACUAAUACUGCGAACUUUGGAUUUUAACACUUUAGUAACACUAUGCCAAGUUAAUUUGACGUUGUAUAAUUUAAUCACCAAUGAAUUUCUUUUCCAAAACGUUAUUCUAGACUCAAAACUUUCGCUACUGAAGUUUAAUGCGUUAAUACACUCUGAAUUUCACACUUCGAAUAUUACCUCAUAUAGUGAUAAUUGUACCACCCAAUCUAAAUCACAAAAUGCAAGGUUCCUUGUAAGAUCCAUCGAAUUCAAGAAUCCUCAAUCACAGGACUCAUUGUUAAAAUACAGCAAGUUUUAUAAUAAGAAUGGCCAAGGCUCUGUUAUUGCUGGAUCGUAUAAACUUGAUUCGUACGAUAAAGACUUGACAAUGAUGAAGAACAUGCGAUUGAACGAUGAAACUCCCACAAUAACUUCAGAACGAAUCAAGCUGCUGGAUAAAUUUGAAAGUAAUUACUUCCAUUAUACUUACAUUGAGCUAAUGCUAGAUAUUAUAGACUAUCUACCGAAUUUGACGAGGGUGGUUCUGAGUGAAGUGGAGCCGAACUUCAAAAUCCCUCUGUGGUACUCUGUCUUUAAUGAUGGUUCUAGAGACUUUUUCAGAAAAAUAAUCAAGGGCCAGCAGUCCAUAACCAACGAAGAUUUGAGGACUUUUCAACUGUCUAAAAAAUUUGUCAAAGAGUACGAGUCCAAGUACUAUUCUCUACCAAGGCUGAAAAUUCUAGAAAUCAAAGCACAUAAUAAAAGACAAAGAUCCUCCAAUCGGCAGCGUCAUCAUCAACAACUUGUAUUGAGACCAAGCUUGUUCUGCUGUUUUGGUAUAAUCAAUGAACUUAAAUUGGAGAAUGUGACGAUCGACACGGAAUCAUUAGAUACCCCAAUGGAGUUUCUACCGUUGUUUUUGAAGAACGAAAAUACCGAACUAUACAGUUUACAAUCACCGAUCACAGCACUGACCUUAAACUCAUGCGAUAUAGUCCCCGGGAAUGGGAUAUUACGGUUAUUCCACUCUUAUUUUAGAAUGGUCAAACAUUUAUCCUUGCUGAAUAUUAAUAGUAAGUUUGACUUAUUAUUAUGCAGCUGUUUCCAAUCAUUAUCCAAUUUAACAAUCGAUUGUAAUAGCAACUGUUUUACCAAUGAACAAGUGGUCAGCGAGUCGUAUUAUUUCCAGCAACGAAACAUUGAUGCAGAGGACGAUUUUAAUGACUGCAACUCUAUGACUGAAACGUUGUUUGAAGCGCCAUCCGAUUCGAAAAUAAUAACACCUCCACCAACAUCUUCCGUUGUACUGUCUUUGAAUCUGAAGUAUAUAUCUAGAACCACUGGGAAUGAUGUUUCAAACAACCCAUCACCAAAUAAUAACAAAAAGCCCGCCAUCUUGACUGCGGCACAAUUACAAACUUUUCAAAGACAGAGGAUUCCUGAAUUUCAUUCUUUUUAUCAUUACUACCGGUUACUUUGGGAAAGGCUUCCAAGUAAGAAUAUAUCUAUUAACGUUAUCAACAUUCCAUUUACUAAUGUGUAUCCGUUAUCUCCUCUAUCCUUUUGGGAACAUCUCGCAAGUACAAUGAGUGGUAUUGAUGAGACAGAUGAAGAUGAUAAUGACGAAGAUGAUCAGGAGACACUAAUCGGCUAUGAAAGCAACCCCAUAAGAGAUAGCAUACCAACUGCAAAUGGUGUUCCUAAUUUGAGAACUGUAAUGAGCCCCGAAUCAGACGUUCAUCACACUUACUAUUGGAAUAACUCUGUAAGGCGUUGCCUGAAAGAUAGUUUGGUCAAGUUGAAAAAUAGAACAAUCGAAUAUAGAGACUUGGACGUGGAAGAGUUUUUACAGAAUGUGACAUUGGAGAACUUUUUUAAUGAUUUCCAAGAUCCAGAGAAUUAUAAAGAUAUUCCAAACAUCAAUCUCUGGUGUUUCCUGAGGAAUUUAUCGAAAUUCAAAGCUGUCAAAAUAAGGAUGUUGAGACAUUUUUCAUUAUGUACACCGAGAACAAGAUACGAUUGGGAAUUAUUAUUAAAGCCCGUCCUGCGUGUGAAUGUUCCCAUUGAAGUUAGAGAUAAGGAUGGAUUUGUUCUUUAUUCAUACGGACAAAAGUAA